AUGGUAAAGUUGGUCGUAUUGGUGUCCGGAAAGCGUAAAUCUGGCAAGGAUUUCUGUAGCGAAAAGUUGAAAACUGCUCUAUCACCUUUACGAGUCUCAAUAUAUGGUGUUUCUCAUAGUUUGAAGGCUAUUUAUGCCAAGAACCACGGUCUCGAUUAUUCUGAACUGAUCUCAAAUGGUCCCUAUAAGGAGUUACACCGUUUGAACAUGAUUAAAUGGGGUGAGAGAAUACGUUCUGUGGAACCAGAUUUCUUCUGUAGAGCUACGAUCCCUUCUACUUGUAAUGAUGACGUUGUGAUAAUUUCGGACUGCAGGAGACCAACAGAUAUUGAAUACUUUAAGAGCAACUAUCCGAUCCUCACAGUUCGUGUGGACGCGAGUACUGAAGAGAGAGAGCUACGAGGUUUCAGGUUCGUUCAGGGCAUCGACGACAUGCCGUCCGAGUGUGGCCUUGACAGUUAUGUGCACGAUAUCGUUUUGAUAAACGACAACUCAUGCAAUUUAACGGAUCAAAUUGAUGAUGUGGUUGUCACUAUACGACAGAUAAUAGGAUCAUAG